AUGCCGUUGAGAACCUACAUUGCCAAGGAGGAGAAAUCCAUGCCAGGGUACAAAGCUGCUAAAGAUAUGCUCACUCUUUUGUUUGGUGCCAAAGCUGCAGGUGACUUUAAACUUAAACCUUUACUUGUGUACCAUUCGGAAAACCCCAGAGCUUUGAAGGGACAUUCCAAGGCAUUUCUUCCAGUGAUAUGGCAGUCCAAUCCUAAGGCAUGGGUCAAUAAGAACAUUUUUGAGGAUUGGUUUAAUCAUCAUUUUGUGCCAAGUGUCAGGGAUUAUUGCAGCAAAAACAAUCUUGCAUUUAAAGUGUUGUUAAUCCUUGACAACGCUCCUGGUCAUCCACCCAUCCUUGAUGACACGCAUCCUGUUAUAAAAGUGGUGUUUCUGCCCUCCAACACCACCCCAUUGUUGCAACCUAUGGACCAGGGGGUAACUGCAUCCUUCAAGGCCUACUAUCUUAGGUGCACAUUUGCCCAGGUCAUCAGGGCAAUUGAGAAGGAAGGUAGACCAACUCUGAAGGACUUCUGGAAGGGCUUCAACAUUUACCAUGCAGUUAAGAACAUUGGCAAAGAACUCAACUUAGACGUUGCACCAGAAGAUCUUGAUGAGUUGCUGGCAUCCCAUUUUGAAGAAUUAACCAAUGAGAACCUCAUUGAAUUGGAACAUCAAAAAGUGGCAGAGGAAGAAGAUGCACCCUCUGUUGAAGAGACUCCUCUUCAUAAAGUCUUGACAACAAAAGUGUUGACUGAGGCAUUUCAGUAUUUGGAAGCUGCCAUGUCCCUGUUUGAGGAACAUGACCCUGACAUUGAACGCAGUACCAAACAACAGCAAAUAAAUGUUGCUCCCUCUACAAAGUCUCUUGCCAACUGGAGAUCUAGAUUAUCACCAACAUGGCCUUCCAUGGAUAUUAAGUCCUCCUCAGUGGCUGACAUUUCGAUGGGACAGACCCUGGAGAAUGCAAACUUGCUUCAGAUGAUAAAAACAACUCUCACUGGCACACGUACCAGAAUUAUGGAUCAAACCAAUUUUUCACCAGCUCUUUACCAGGGCAGUGGUAAUAGUGCAUCCCAGGAGCCUGCUGAAGUUUCAGCUGAAUCACCAUUUAGACCAUCGUCUCAAGAUGCAGAUGAAAAAGCUGCUGUAUCAGGUUUGCCUCAACUCAGUAUGUUUGCCACAUUGUCCACAACACCAUCAGUGACACAUUCAAGUACUGCUGUGCCAUCUCAGCUAAUAUCAUUAGAUACACCCUCCAUUUCAAAAGAAAGCACACCAGGAUCAGACAUUCCUUCAACUGUUCCAUCACCAUCAUUUUCUUCAUUGGCAGUACAAUCACCUCAUACCAUUAUCUUUGCUAAGUCUACUGUGCUACCCACCAAAGUGCCUUUAUCCACAGACACUGAAAGUUCCAUCAACAGAGAUUCAAGUAGUUCUCACGUUAGUGCAAGCAGGGGCAACUCACGAAGUGUGGGCACUGCUGUAAAUCCCAGCACAGUGAAUCACACAUUAUCAAGAAAAGGGCCCAGACUGCUUACAGGUACGACAUCUCUUAAUAUCUUUGGAUCAACGAUGGUGCAUUCGACAAAGACACUGGCAAGAGAGUCACCCUUAGAAAGUACUGCCUUCUUAUCUUUACACACUUCUGCUCCUCUGUCAGUAAUGUUAUAUCCAUCCUCCCAACCAGUAGCUUCCAAAAGUGCAUCAUGGCUUCCUAUGGAAAGAAUGUCCUUGUCUCAUUCAAGAGAUGAUGUGUCGUCUUCUAGAGAAAAUCUUUCCAAUCAGCCAUUCAAAGCAGUGGUGACUGACAAAGAGAAUUAUAGCAGUCUAACUGUGUCACCAGAAGUCUUUAAGAAUAAAUCAGAAAUUUACACGAAUAAUACUUUAUUCCUCCAUACUAUGGAUUUUCUACACACAUUACUGAAAGUGACAAGUCAUCAGUCUUCUUCAGCAUUGACUAAUGACAUGCUAGGUUCUCUCAGGCCAGUAUUUCUUUCACCAGCUUCUGUGAGUCCAUUGGGAGUCUCCCAUUCAACAGAAAAUAAGUCUUCCUUCACAAUGCCAAAAACAUUUUUUACAGAUGCACUAAACACUAGCAAUGCAGUAUUUCCAGCACCAGCAAAUGAAUCAGAUUUUCUUGUUAAAAAUGCCACCCUCCCCUAUUCAACAGAUACAAUGACUUCCUUAAUAACUAAGGCAAAUCAGACCUCUAAUAUUACAGCACUUAUUAAAAAUGCUACAAAUUAUGAGAACACAUUGAUGUUCUCACUAGUAAAUAUUUCAUUACCUCAUUCAACAGUGUCAGCCAAUCAGGUUUUUUCAAAGGAAGUAACUCAUGCAGCUCCUGAAGCUAAUGCCAUGCUACCAACUGAGUUUGAACCACCACAACUUUCUGAUGUUUCUUCAAUGAGAGCAGCAGCCUAUCGAUCUUUUACAAGAGAUACUGUAGCCAAAAUAUACACCAACAUGGAAGCUAACCGUGUUGUGCCACACGAUUCUCAAUACUCCAGACCUCCUUCAGAAUCGCCUGCCAGUGAACACACCACAGGAAAAACAAUGCUUGAAAGAAUUUUGCAAACAGAAAGCACGAGUCCUCUUACACCUGUUACAUCAUUGGCGACUUCCACUGCAGGCUUUUCAAAAUUUAUACAUGCUAUCAUAAAUACAUCUGCUCUUUAUAAUUCUAAAACUUCACAGGUUUCAAGUCCUAAUGGACAAAGUCUGGCAGAUUUAAUAGAUAAUGAAGAAAGCAAUGUGGAAGCAUCUACCAUUGUCACUCCACGUACAGAAUACAUGCAUCUACCACCCUUAAAUAAAUCUGAAGUUACCAGUGGUCAGUUUUCAAAUGCAAGUUAUUCAAAUGCAUUUACUCCUGUUGUGUCCUCAGAACUCUAUAAAUUGUCGCCAUAUGUUCCAGUGACAGAAACUACAUUCAGCAAAGCCUCAACCGUCUCUAUUUCAACUGCUGUCCCAGAAAACAGUUUAGAUACUACAAAAUCUCCAAAAGCCUCAGCUUUAGCUUCUAAAUGGCCCCUUACAGCCUUGAUUUCUAGUGGUUCUUCAACAAAAGAAACAGCCAAAAUGGCAAUAACAGAAGUUAUUCCAAGCACUUCUUCAUUAGAAACUGAUUAUCGUGGCAUAGAUUCAGCCAUCUCGCAUCUACAACAGCAAAUAAAUAACAUUAGGAGCAAACAAACAACCAUCUCUCUGACUUCAGCAACCUAUACCUCUGCAACAUCAAAUCAUAAUUCUUCAUUUUCACCUGUUGUUGGAAUCAAGACUAAAAAUUUCACAAACUUUAACCUGUAUUCAUCUGCUUUAGAAAUGUCUACUGUUCAAUAUUCAUCCCCUUCCCCCACUAUGGUAAUACCUGCAGCUCAGUCAGAAAAGCAUAUCAACACACCUCAAAAUGUCACUAAAUUGUUUACCAGCAGGGAUGUUAAUCUCACCUCAAAAUCAGAAACAUCAGUGCAUGUGUUUGUGCCAGCAGCUAAGGAUUUUGCAGCUAAUGAUACGAGCACUGUUUCUAGCAUGCUGAGUUCUGAUACGGCUAAUGCUGAAAAAGUCUCUUCAACAAAUACUUUAUAUUCAACACCAUCUGAACUCGGACUGGCUUCUCAAUUCACUGGCAACUGGACUGUUUCAGCUGAUAAUGAAAUAGUUAUCAGUGAUACACAACCAACAAUUUCUCCCUCUCUAGUAGUCAAAUCAUCCUCAAGCUCAGCGUUGAUAUCCAGUCCUAUUACAGAAGAAUACAUGACUCCUGGAAAUCAGAGGGACUUUUCAAAUAACUCUCUUUCAGAACCAUCUAGCCAGUUGACUACUAUUGUCCAAAAUCCAACUAUAUUUAGUACAGAGGCAUGGCAUACACAUGGUACAAGUAACAAUCUAGUUACAGUUCCUGUACCUAAUGAAGUUACUGAGGGCGCUCCAUUGCAAACACCUACCACCAAUGCUUUGCAGUCAGUCAUCAUAACUUCUGUCCAUGAAUCACCAACACCACUAACUUCUGCUUUUUUGUCAACAACCAACUUUACCCAUUCUGUCAUUACAGUGUUAUCUUCAGUGUCUCCUGGUGCAAUACGUACAGUAGGAACUUCAGAAGCAAAACCAUUUACAGGAGAAUCAGCUCCAACUUCACCAGUGCCAACUUCAUCCUUGUUUUCUCUAGGCACUGAAAACACACCCCUGCCAUCUGUGAUGGCAUUAAGCACACUGAUAUCAACACUUGCAAAAAAUAACACUGCCACAAAAAUGACAUCGAUUCUAAACUCAGUAGCAACACACACAGGCUUUCCAUUUGCACCAAGAAACACAUCUAUGUCACCCCCACGCACUGCUACUAUAUUUCUAACCUCUAAAGUUAGCAGAGUCACAGGUUCCACACUAGGAUCCACAACACAUACACCAAGACAGAUAGAAACAAUAGUACCUGACACCAUGAAAAUCACAAGCUCAGAAAUCACCAAAACAUCAACUCCCUACCCACUGACAAUUACAGCAGCUUUGACAUCUAUUACAGCAUCAGCGAAAACAACUAGGCUUCCUCCUACCCCAGUGGAAAGCACUUCUGCUGCUCCUGCAACUUCAAGCGCAGCUUUCGCUAACACGACUGCAGUUCCUGCCUUGGAAUGCCAGCAGUCCAGGAACCUUAUGGUUAAAACAGUUCUGCUUCUGAACACAAGAAGGCUGCUGAUCAGUGAUUCCUUAAAAGAGAAUGUGACAAAAGGACUCACCCUGGUCAUGCGACAGGCUUUCAACCAAAAUGUCAAUGCUCAAGUUGAAAUUCUGGAACAAUCAAAUAACGUGACAGUUGGUUACUACGUUACACAGGGGAGGUUGGUUUUUAUACCUGCUGCUGUUAUUGAAAUGCUUAUUGCUUAUGGUGUUAGCAAUGCCACAGCAGACAUAAAGCAGCAUGUGCCAAAUCUUCAGUCUGUUGCUGUACUGGCUUUGCCAUGGAAUCCAUUGCCUGCCUACCACUUCCAGCUGAAAACAGAGCUGCAGUUUGUGGGUCAAACAGACAAUAUACAGUCAUGCAAGUUUGUUCAGACCAUGGAACAGCGGUUACAGAGAGCAUUCCAGGAUGCUGAAAGGAAGGUCUUAAACACCAGCAACAACUUAACAGUUCAGAUUUUGAACACAUCAAAUAUUUCCCAGGGUGUCACUUUAUUUUAUGUGGUGAGCAAUCAAAGCACAACUCUUAAUGGCACGGUUUCCAGCAACCUGCUUAAUCAGCUCUCAGCUGAACUGGUGGGAUUCUAUCUUACCUACCCACCUCUGACUAUUGCCGAAUCUUUGGAGUAUCCAAACCUUGAUGUCUCAGAAUCAACUAGAGAUUACUGGGUGAUUACAGUUAUACAAGGGGUUGACAUUACAUUAUUGGGAUUGAACAACCAGAGCUUUGCAAGAUUGAUGGAGCAGCGUCUGGCCCCACUGUUCAUGAUGUCCCAUCAACAAGGAAGACGAUUUAAACGUGCUACUACAGUGGGCAGCUACACUGUGCAGAUGGUAAAAAUGCAGCGUAUUCCAGGUCCCAAGGAGCCUGCUGAACUCACUUACUAUACUUUAUACAAUGGAAAACCGUUGCUGGGCACUGCAGCUGCCAAAAUUCUGAGCACUGUUGAUUCACAAAGGAUGGCCUUGACAUUAGGUUAUGUCAUCCAAGUACAAGCUGAUCCUGUGGUGAAAAACCCACCAAACAACUUGUGGAUCAUUGCGGCUGUGUUGGCUCCUAUUGCCGUGGUUACAGUUAUCAUUAUCAUCAUCACAGCAGUUCUGUGCAGGAAGAACAAGAAUGACUUCAAGCCAGACACCAUGAUGAAUCUGCCUCAAAGAGCUAAACCGGUGCAAGGCUUUGACUAUGCCAAGCAACAUUUAGGUCAGCAGGGAGCUGAAGAUGAGGUUUUGCCUGUAACUCAGGAGACUGUAGUGCUACCACUUCCAGUUAGAGAUGCAUCUGCCUCUCAGGAAAGAGAAAUUGCUCAAGAUGGAAGCACCAUUAAAACUGCCAAGUCCAAUGAAACAAGGAAAAGCAGGUCGCCUAGUCAGAACGGUUCUGUCAUCACCAACGAAUCAGGAAAGCCCAGCUCAGGCAGAAGCUCUCCACAGAAAGUAAUGGCACAGCAGAAAGUGACAAAAGAUGAGGGAAGAAAAAGAAAUGGUUUUAAAUCCUCAAAGAAUAUUGUGCCCAUAAGUGAUGAAGAGGAAGGAGGCAUUCUCUUUGAUAACAGCAUUGCUAAGUCUGCCAUUGAUCCCUUCGACACAUCUUCUGGAUCUGUACAACUGAUUGCUAUAAAACCUGUGGCAUUGCCUCCUGUCCAUGCUGCAUCAGAUAGGAGCCAGGAAUCUGCCAUCAUUAAUGGGGAGGUGAACAAAGCCUUAAAGCAGAAGUCUGACAUAGAACAUUAUCGCAACAAGCUGCGCUUGAAAGCCAAGAGGAAAGGGUACUAUGAUUUUCCUCAGGUUGAUAACAAUAAGGGGCUGACAGAAAGAAGAAAGAUAUAUGAAAAACCUCAGAAAGAAAUAGAUCAUGGUUUGGAUCCAGAAAUAGAUGCAUCUUCUCCAUUUGCAGAGCCUAAAAACAGGCAACAGAUGAAGAAUUCUGUGUAUAGAAGCAGGCAGUCUCUGAACAGUCCUAGCCCAGGAGAAACUGAGAUGGAUCUUCUAGUUACUCGGGAGAGACCACGGCGUGGAAUUCGCAACAGUGGAUAUGAUACUGAACCUGAAAUUAUAGAAGAAACAAAUGUUGACCGAGUCAAUGAGCCUCGAAAUUAUACUAGAUCUCGCCAGGCUAAAGGCCAUUCAGAGACAUCAACUUUAAGUUCUCAGCCAUCUAUUGAUGAAGUUAGACAGCAGAUGCAUAUGCUAUUGGAAGAGGCAUUCAGUCUAGCCUCUGCAGGCCAUGGAGGACAGAACAGACAACAAGAUGCAUACAGCUCAACACAACACUUACCAUACUCUGAGGUUGUGACUAGUGCUCCUGGUACCAUGAGCCGACCUAGAGGAGGAGUUCAGUGGGUACCAACGUAUAGACCUGAAAUGUAUCAAUACAGCUUACCAAGACCAGCUUACAGGUUUUCUCAGCUGCCUGAAAUGAUAAUGGGCUCUCCCCCACCCCCUGUUCCUCCCAGAACAGGUCCUGUGGCUGUUGCCUCUCUCAGGAGGUCAACAUCUGAUAUUGGCAGUAAGACAAGAAUAUCUGAAGCCAGUGUGACUGAGCAAGCCCAACAUCAUGAUCCUACAUCUUUUGCUUCAAGUUCAAGAGCCCCGGUGUCUAUGGGUCCAUUGGAUCAGUCAGCUCUGAAUUACUCAGGAAAUACGGUGCCAGCCGUUUUUGCCAUCCCAGCAGCAAACCGACCUGGGUUCACAGGUUAUUUUAUCCCAACCCCACCCACAGCAUACAGAAACCAAGCAUGGAUGCCCUACGCUGGAGAGAAUGAAUUACCAGGGCAGUGGGCAGACUCAGUUCCACUCCCAGGUUACAUAGAAGCUUAUCCGCGGCCACGCUACCCACAUAACUCUCCUUCAAGACUUCACCGCCAGUACAGUCAGCCUGCAAGCAUGCACCCCAGUUUGGAACAGGCUCCCUUACCUUCUACUGCAGCUUCUCAGCAGAGCCUAACAGAAAAUGACCCUUCUGACACUCCUCUCACCAACAUAUCUACAGCUGCUUUAGUGAAGGCAAUAAGAGAGGAGGUUGCAAAACUGGCCAAGAAACAAACAGAUAUGUUUGAGUUUCAGGUGUAACCUCAUUGUGUGCUAUGUUCAUAUCAUGUAACUUGCAGUAGCCAAGGAAGUAAGUCCUUCAGUUUUCAGUUUAAAGCUUGCUGUGACUUGUGCCAAAGUGAUGGCAUUUUUCUUUUUCUGAAAAGUCAACUCUGUUGUUACGGAAUAGAAUGAAACUGAACAGCAGGACUUGAAGAUACCCAUUCUGUUUGUCAGCUAAGAAGAUGCUGCCAGGUAACUGUUUGUUUAAUAGUGCUAAGUUCAGUUUAUGGUACGCAACUGUUUGUCACUUAGCUCUUGACCAUGGGCUUUCAUUACUAGAGAUGCUACUAAACAUACAUCUGUGUAAUGGCAGAGUUUAUUAGAAGUAUUGGGUCACAGAACUGGAACUGUCUGAAAUAACGUCUGCAUGUCAAAACUUUCUUUCUUUGAUUAAAGAAAACAAUACAGUAGUACUGGGUAAACUGAAGGCCAUAAAACUUAUACAGUAGUGAUCAGAUUAACAGUCCAUUACAGAACACUUGAUAAGGAGAGCUGAAGCCAGAGAAACAAGCCCAGUCCUUCUCUACUAGAGGCCACAUUCAGACCAAAAGAAUAUGAGGUGAAUAAGUAAGAUAAAUAAUUUACCCUGUAAAUAGCCCUAAGUCUCAUCAUCCUAUUCACAGUACAAAAAGCCUGAAACAAGAGAAGACUGGGAAAAGAGUUAAUCAUUAUUUUGGUAAUUUGUGGUUACAGUGCUCAUUAAAGCUGCUGUUGAAUGAAAGAGGUGUUUUCAAUAUUAAAAUAGCCUAUACUGUAUGGUGGGAAAGAAAUUAACAAAGGAAAUGGGUGCUAAAAGCUUCCAGGACCCUACAAAUGAAAAAUGGUAUUUGAGUUCGCUCUACAUUCAAGAGUUUUUCAUUCUGAAUGCAUGUGAAGCUGGUAAAUUUGAGAACCUUGGGUGAGCCUAUCCAACCUGGAAGAACAAAUACACCUGCGUUUACAAGGAAACCUCUGUUUCACAUAGUGCUCUGUACUUUUUCUUGAACAAUGACAUCUAGUGAAGUGAUGCCAGAAAGUACUACCUGAAGCUGUAAUUGACUUUGGUUACACUGGAACAAUGAAUAUGGCAGCGCUAGACAACUCAGUCUCUACAGGAAGCUCUGAAUGUAAAGGACCUACUGAUUACAUGAAAGUUUAAAUAAGUAAACAAGUGUGUGGAUUUAAAAAAAUACUGUUCUUCUGUGAAAAAGGGGUAUUUACUGAACCUAUGAGGACUGUGUACCUUGCAAGAUAAAUGCCAUUACCUGUUAUGCCGCAUAUAUGAGUCCACCCUCCACAAAAAAAAAAAAAAAAA